AUGUCUCCAAAGAUAUCAGAGGUAGACCUCCUUAUAACCGGUGCCGGUCCUGCUGGAUUGAUGGCUGCAGCUUGGGCAAGCCGCUGCAGCCUCAAGACCAGAAUCAUCGACGAAAAAGACACCAGAGUCAGAACCGGCCAAGCAGAUGGUCUACACUGCAGAACACUCGAGAUCAUGGAUAGCUUCGGCAGUCCCAGCAUUGCCCACGAGAUCCUCGGACAGGCUUGUAAUCCCAAAGAAGGCCAUGAGCAGCAUAUCGAAAGAUCAGAAUCAGUGAGGUCUGGCGAGGAAGAUUUGCCUGGUAGUCGGUAUCCUCAACUUCAUGUUGAAGAAGCAUCGGUGGAUGAUCAUGAUGCAUAUCCUGUCGAAAUCCACCUGCGAGGAUUGGGCAAGAAUGAGCGGGCUGGUUCUCCUGAUUCUGAAGCAGCCCAAAAGCCUGCUACAGAGAUUGUUCGAGCAAAGUACGUCCUAGGAACCGAUGGAGCACACAGCUGGACACGAAAAGCACUAGGUCUCCAAAUGGAAGGCGACACAACCAACAAACACUUUGGCGUCAUGGACUUUAUCCCCCUCUCCAACUUCCCAGACAUCAGGAUCUCCUGCGCAAUCCACUCUUCCUCAGGCAGUAUCAUGACUUUACCACGAGAAAACGGAUUGGUCAGAUUCUACGUCCAAUUGGGAGAGUCCUCAGUCCAAGGAAGCAAUUUCGAUCGCAGCAAAGUGACUCCUGACGAUAUCAUCGAGACGUCUCGGAAGAUUCUCCAGCCUUAUACUUUGGAUUAUGGCCACUGUGAUUGGUUCUCUGUCUACACAGUCGGGCAGCGUCUAGCUCAGUCUUUCAGCCACCUUGACCGCGUCUUCCUCGCAGGAGAUGCCGUACACACUCACUCUCCAACCAUGGGAGCAGGCAUGAACGUCUCCAUGCAAGACAGCUACAACCUAAUCUGGAAAAUCGCCACCGCGAUCCGCACACGCAACACCUCAAUCCUCGCAACCUACAAUACUGAACGCAUGGUCACAGCAAAAGAACUCAUCGACAAAGACCGCGCAAUGUCAAACUUCUACUGCGACGGCCCUUCUGCAAACUCAAAACGAUAUCAAGAGUUCCGCGAAGCCUUUCGGGAUUUUGUUAGUGGUGUUGCUGUGGAGUAUGGUCCCAGUCAGAAUUGGCACAUAUCCACUCCGCUCUAA